AUGUCGACAUUUGACGAAGAAUUGUUAGACUUCAAUAUAGAUGAGGAGCUGAAAGCUCUAGGGAACGAUGGUGAGCAAGCGUCGCCCAAGGAGCUCAACUUGGAAGAAGAAAUAUGCAAUUUUGAUCUCCUUGAUGAUAUCGAUGAAUUAGACACAACAAUCGGAAGCAGCUCUAUUGAUAGUGAAAUAUUAAUGGAACUCGGUAUCGAGGAUUUUAUGUCAUCAAUAACCGAUGCCGAACAAAAAGAUAAUAAUAUAACAUCAGAAAAAGGAGAGGACAUUAAAGAUAAUGAAAAAACAUCGUCACAAACAAAACAGAUCGCACCAACAGACGCGGUCGUAAACGUAUCUUCUUCGUCUAUUGAUGCAUCAGAUGCGCAAACUAAGCCGUCCCAAUCUAUAACGCCAAAGGUGAAACCUAGUCUACAAAAGCUUUCCGAAGGGAGUCCGAAGAUAAUAACCACAAAAUCGACAACUGUUGAGAAAGAAGAAGGUGAAAUAAGCGGUGUCGGUGCGAAACAACACAACGCUCAAUCGACGCAGAAAACAAUGAACUCGCAACAGUUAGGCCGUGGUCGUGGUACAAGGAGGGCCGAUUGGCGACCGAUUUAUCGUCCUGGUUUUGGACCUGGUGUAGAGGCAUUGACUGGAAUGCCAAUGAACCACCAUUUACCAAUGGCCGAAAUGCCGAUUAUGGGUAUGCACCCGGAAUUUCCACAAAUGUUGAGCCAUAAUAUUCACGUAAAUCCGUCGUUUGCGGGAAGGGUGCGGCCGUUUGGAAUGAUAUUUCCUCCUUUUGGCGCAGCUGCGCCAAUGAUGAAUUAUCAAGGACCAAUGACUCCACAAUUUAUCGGACGAACGAAUGGUUUUCCACGCAAUAACGGGUUAAAUAGUUUCGGCCAGCAUCAUCUUCAUAUGCAGCAUAAUCAACACGUCGGUCAACACGGUCAACACAAUCAGCUUGUACCACAGAAUGAUUGGAGAUUGACUCAAAUCUCCCAAAUGGCAAGUAAGCGCAAGACUCCUACGGAUGGAUUUGAACAGAAAGAACAAGAUGCUAACAAGCGAACUGUUGCCAAGUCGAUGAAUAAGAACACUUCGGCAUCUGCAAAUCUGUCUCCAAAGUCUGCGAAUAACGUCUCUUCUAAUAUUAAUGCUACGGCGUCUGCUAAGACUGUAACCAAUGCAGCAGCUAAGACUGUGGCCAAUGCAUCUGCUAAGACUGUGGCCAAUGCAGCAGCUAAGACUGUGGCCAAUGCAUCUGCUAAGACUGUGGCCAAUGCAGCAGCUAAGACUGUGACCAAUACAGCAGCUAAGACUGUAGCCAAUGCAUCUGCUAAGACUGUGGCCAAUGCAGCCGCUAAGAGUGCAGCUAGUGCUAUAACUCGUCCUUCAAGAGCUCAUAAUGAGGCGGGGCGAGGAAACAAUGCUAACGCCGGCAUUAAGACCGAAAUUAAACCAUUGCCUGGUACACAUGUGGUUAUUAGUAACAUUACUGGAGACGUCACUCAGCGGGAGAUACAACGUAUGGCCUCAGAGGCACCGAAUGGUUAUUUGACUGUACAAAUCGAUCGUGUUGGAGAAAAAGCCAGCAUUGUGUUUAAAUCUCCUGAAGGUGCAAAAAUAUUCCGUCGUAAAUUUAAUAAGAGUGUACUUGGAGGUGUUAAUGUAGAUAUCAAGAUUACUAGUAAUAAAGAUGACUAG